AUGACAAUCCGCCCCAGCACUGCCGUGGAUUCGCCCAGCUCCCAGACGGGCAUAGAGGGAUCGUCACCUCAGUCUGGCAUCUCCACAAACGAUAGGCGGGAAAACAGGAGGGAUACCAUAUCGGUUUUCCCGGACGAUCGAUAUUUUCACGUGUCCAAGUUCGCUACAGUCACCCAGCUGACGGACACGCACACUGGACACACCGCUCGCAUAACCGAAACGUUAGUCCAUCUUGCAGAAUUCAGGCCGGGUACAAGUGAGGCGAUCUGGGUAGCCACCCUACCGAUACAUCUGGAUGACGACCUGUCUAUCACGCCGAUGAAAUCUAUAACCGAUUAUCCCGAGGUACCCUCUCAGGAGAGUUUUGGUCCGGACUCGGAAGAACCCGUUCGAAUAGUAAAGCUCAUAUUUGAAGAGGGCUGGUUCUACAGGAAAGGGUGUUCAUUGAGUGAGGUACUUACUCAGGAAACAGUUACAAGAAUGCGGAGCUCUUCAGAUAGGGUAGCCCGCCUUAAGAAGCGAAUGUCUGAACAGAAAAGGAUCGGUACUAAGCUAAGACGGCUUCCCACAAAAAGAAUUGAUCUGUUUGUGGAAGGGUAUAAUGUAGGGUACAUGUAA